AUGAGGCGCUGCGGCUGGGCGCCGGGAUCCUAUUGGCCGGACCCGCUCGGAGCCGCGAGCCCUGAUUGGCUGCGCGGCCUGAGGCGACGAGUUCCGGAAAGGGGACGAGCAGCCAAUAUGGCGGCGGAGCGCGGCGCAGGGCAGCAACAGUCGCAGGAGAUGAUGGAGGGUGAGCGGCCCCUGCGGGCGGAGGCGAGGGCCCUGCGGGCGGGGGAGCAGCGGCCGGCACUGGCCUCUGGCCGGGAGGAGCUGGGCGGCCCGCUCCGGGCGACGGCCGGGCCUGCCGGGAGGGCUCCGACAGCCCCAGUUGACAGGCGAGUGGAAUCGGAGGAGUCGGGCGAUGAGGAGGGGAAGAGGCACAGCAGCGGCAUCGUGGCGGACCUCAGCCAGCAGAGCCUGAAAGAUGGGGAGGAGCGGGCCGAGGAGGACCCGGAAGAGGAACAUGAGCUGGCUGUGGACAUGGAAACCAUUAACCUGGACAGAGACGCAGAGGACGUGGAUCUGAACCACUAUCGCAUCGGGAAGAUCGAAGGCUUCGGGGUGCUGAAGAAGGUGAAGACUCUCUGCCUGCGUCAGAACCUCAUUAAGUGCAUCGAGAACUUGGAGGAGCUGCAGAGUCUUCGAGAACUGGAUCUCUAUGACAACCAGAUCAGGAAGAUAGAGAACCUGGAGUCCCUGGCAGAGCUGGAAAUUCUAGAUAUUUCUUUUAAUCUGCUGAGAAACAUCGAAGGGAUUGACAAAUUGACACGACUGAAAAAACUCUUCUUGGUCAACAAUAAAAUUAAUAAGAUUGAGAACAUCGGCACCCUGCAUCAGCUGCAGAUGCUGGAGCUGGGCUCAAACCGCAUCCGGGCAAUUGAAAAUAUCGACACAUUAACCAAUCUGGAAAGUCUGUUUUUGGGGAAAAACAAAAUCACUAAACUGCAGAACCUGGACGCACUUACCAACCUGACCGUCCUCAGCAUGCAGAGCAACCGGCUGACCAAGAUCGAGGGUCUGCAGAGCCUGGUGAACCUGCGCGAGCUGUACCUCAGCCACAACGGUAUCGAGGUCAUCGAGGGCCUGGACAACAACAACAAACUCACAAUGUUGGACAUUGCAUCGAAUAGAAUCAAGAAGAUUGAAAAUGUCAGCCACCUUACAGAGCUGCAGGAAUUCUGGAUGAACGACAAUCUCCUGGACAGCUGGAGCGACCUGGACGAGCUGAAGGGGGCCAGGAGCCUGGAGACGGUGUACCUGGAGCGGAACCCCCUGCAGAAGGACCCCCAGUACCGGCGCAAGGUCAUGCUGGCCCUCCCCUCUGUGCGGCAGAUCGACGCCACCUUCGUCAGGUUCUGAGGCCGCGGGCCCGCGGCUGCUCCCUCUGUCCUCGGAGAACUUCCCGGCCACGGCUUUUUAAUCACCUGUUGCUCCUGCAGUCGUCACCACGUCGCGUCACAAACCCCGUGGCAAUGAGAAGGCGCGGACGAGCACUGGCGUGGAGAUGCCCCACUAUUAAACCUUGCCACAGUC